AUGCCUAGCCUCAAGGACCUGUUGAAGAAGAAAKAGAAGCUUGAGACGCAGGAAUCGCAACCGCAGACUGCACUCACUGUCCCAGAAUUCACUUUUAUACGAUCAACGACGUCCGAUUUUGAGACGAUCCUCACCAUCGGCAACGAGCAAAAGAGCAGCAAGUCAAAGCAGUCGGGCGAACACAAACGGACGCUGGGAUUCCGCAGCUCGUCACACUCGGGUAACAGCAAGGACUCAUCAGCGACAUUGACGGCACCGAUAGCCCAGACGGAAGCAGAAAGCAGCACACAAAAGCUUCCUGUACGGCCAAAGAGCGAGCGGCGGCUCUCCGAUGUGCUUCACCUGACACAUCGGAGCAGAUCGCGGUCAACCGCUGCAGAGGCAAGCUCGAAUCUCCCCACAGACCUGCCUGAUGCGCCAGAUUCCGCCGGGCCAGAUAAUGAUGAAGCGAAAGAACAACGAGAAGCGCUAUGGGAGAAGCGAGCUACUAUGCUUGCCAUGAACAGUCCACUGCGCGACGGCCGCAUCGUCUCCGAAGCGAGCCAAGGACAAGGACAAACAGUUAGCAAGAGUAGACCUCCUAGUGUAUCCAUUUCAGAUGCCAACGGCGAUGUCAACAUCCAAGAGGCAAUCCGGCUCCAUGAAGCAGGUGAUCUUGCGAGAUCAACAGACAUGUUUGAGCAACUCGCCAAUCCUGAAGGCGCCAAUAAUGCUCUUGCACAGGUGCUCUACGGUCUCGCUCUAAGACAUGGUUGGGGUACAACCAUAGAGCCCCAAAGAGCGAUUCACUUUCUCUCGCUUGCCGCCUCCAACUCGGCUUCCGUUGAGGAGCAGGCUCUGGCAUCAGGCGUCAAGAAGGGAGGCGCAGCCAAAGGAGAGCUAACAUUGGCGAUAUUUGAGCUCGCCAAUUGUUUCCGCUACGGUUGGGGCGUGAAGAAGGACGCGGUAGCAGCCCGACAGUACUACGAGACGGCUGCCAACUUGGGAGAUACUGACGCGAUGGAUCAGGCGGCUGAGUGCUAUCUUGAAGGAUUUGGAGGCGCAAAAGACAAGUUCAAAGCGGCACAGUAUCUUCGACUUGCGGAGCAGAAAGGCGCCAAACGGGUGGGCGAAAGCUGGAUAUGGAAAGACAAGUACGAUCCUCCGAAGUAG